AUGAAGAAGGAUUUGAUCGAGUCCACUCUCCGAAUUAAGGGUAACACGCAGGGCCUUCCGUCUAAGUUCUUAUUUGAGAAUGCCACUAUGUUUGCCAACAGUGGAAGUUGGGAUGCCUUUUAUGCCAGAUUCUCACUACUCAUUUAUGGCUUGGUACUAUUCCCGAGUGAUGAAGGUUUCAUUGACAAGACCGCCAUCACCAUAUUCAUCUCCCAGAACCUCGUUCUUACCUUACUAGCUGAUGUCUUCUUCUCUUUCCAUUGGAGAAACAUGAAGAAAUGGGGAACGAUCAAUUGUUGCAUUCCUCUACUUCAGAAGUGGAUCAUGUCCCACUUACCGAAUAAAGGGCCGUUUAUUGAUAAUGUGGGUGAUUUGAAAUGGUCACAAAGGUUGAUGUCAUUAGAUGCUGAAGAUGUCGUCUGGUACAUUCAUGAUUACUUGAGGGUAGAGUUGAUCUUCCGAUGUGGGGAAUUUCCAAAUGUUCUGCUCGUUAGCACAAAAAGGGGUUUGAUCAACUAUAACCCCAUUCUCUCAUUGCGGCAGUUGGGGUAUCCACUCAAGGAGAAGCCUGAAGGUCGUCUAUUGGAAGAACUAUUGUUAGCUAAAGGGGUUGAAAAUCAGGAGCUGAUGAAGAAAGUGCGUAGAGCCUGGGGAAAGAUACAACAAGUUGGGAAGAAAGAACUAGGUAAACAUCUUUUUAUUGUAACAAUACCAUGUGCUAAUUGGGUAAAGUCAAGGGCCAAGAUGAUCAAACUGUCGUACCCAUGGGAACCAUCCAUGUGUAUCAAGACCAUCAAACCUCCUACCGUCGUCAUUUCUGAAGUGGAUCACCUUAAAGAGACCAUCAAGAAGUUAUAG